CGCGGAGUCCAUGUGGGCGCCGUCGCGGCGCGGUGCAGCGCGGGGUCGCCAUGGCGGACGUGCAGCAGCUUCGGGUGCAGGAGGCGGUGGACACCUUGGUGAAGAGUCUAGAGAGAGAGAAUAUCCGGAAGAUGCAGGUUGCUGGCCUCUGAACUCUGCGGUAUAGGCACCUGGUUUUCAGAAUUUGGCUUCCUCUGACCCACCGCCACCUCCGUGUCCACCCAGCCCUGGAGGCAACAGUUGCCACUGAGAUAGGAGCAAGAAGGCUAUGAAACACUCUGCGAGGCACUGAGGAUAGUUUUCCCGUUUGUGGUCUUAACGUCCCGAUGGCUGGUCUGAGGAGAGGGCCUCAUGUUCCGGUGCAGCGCUGACUGUUGUGAGGACAGCCAGGCGUCCAUGCAGCAGGUGCACCAGUGCAUUGAGCGCUGCCACGCACCUCUGGCUCAAGCCCAGGCCCUGGUUACCAGCGAGUUGGAGAAGUUCCAGGACCGCCUGGCCCGGUGCACCAUGCAUUGCAACGACAAAGCCAAAGACUCCAUAGAUGCAGGGAAUAAAGAGCGUCAGGUGAAGCGGCAGCUGGAGAGUUGUGUGACCAAGUGCGUAGAUGACCAUAUGAACCUCAUUCCCACCAUGACCAAGAAGAUGAAGGAGUCUCUCUCAUCCAUUCAGAAAUAGCAGUCUUUGCCAUUGGCCAUGGAGGCUGAGGGCAGGAACCUGUUUAAAAUGAAGAGUGCGAAUGUUGGUCUUUUAAGCAGUUUAGGGAUGAAGAAAUUAAGGAUGGCAGCAAGUUUAAGGCAUGUGUCACUUGCCUCUGGACAGGGUUCUUUUAUGUUUUAAUCCUAGAAAGUGAAAUGGGGGGAAAAACUGGUGCUAAAGUUUGGGUCAGAGAGUUUUUGAUGUGGCAAAUGCUUAUCCUGGCAGCAGGCAUUUCCCUCAAAUGAAGCCAGAGCCCUCUGAGGUACCGACAAGCUGACAGUGUCCUCUAACCUGCCAGUGGUCUGGUGGGAGGGGAGGAGAGGUGUUUCUGUUUGUUGCCAACCUCCUGUUUACCAGAAGCAUUACCACACCAUUGUCCAUAAGGUGUGAAACAAAACCCAUGAGGUUACUAAUUGAGAAGUGGAAAAACGGUUUCUGAGUAUUUGUUUUGUUUGGUUUGGUUUUAGGUACAAGGGCAUAAAGUUCAUUUAAGAUGUGGAGUUGAGGGAGGGAGUUUGGAUAAGAACUUGAAAAGGUUUCUUUGGAUAGAUAUCGUUUCUGUCCAAGAUGCGGACAUGCAUUUAAAUGCUCACACAUUACACCUUUCAGCUCGGAAACCCUACAGAAACAUGAGAGGCAAUGUCACCCUGGACAUGGAAGCAGACCUUCCUUCUCACUGGCUGCCGUGAUGGGUCCUAAGCCUGUCUGCAGCAGUGACGGGACAAUCUUGCCGUGGUCCUCCACCUUGAAGGGCAAGAGGGUUUUGAUUGUGCUGUAUACCAAUAUCCAGGAAUAAACAGUGAGAGAGGAAUUGUUGCUGCUUCAUUAAGAGUUAUGAAGUACUGGAUUUGGGAAAAACCUGGUUUUCAGGAAUGAAACCUGAAUCCAGUAUUGCUUACGUAGCCGCCUCAAAUAACAGAGCCCUACUGAGACAAUCUUUUGGCAACAGGAAGAUCAAGGGAGAAAAAAGAGGGGCAGCCCCCCAUUACCAAAUACCACUUUUGCCGGGCCCUUUGCAACAUACAGUGUUCCUACCCCAGCUCUGGCACCUUACUGUUUUGAUAAGGAGCUGCUGUCUUUUUACCAACUUAUUACUUGAAAUGAUAAAAUAGCUUGUCUGUUUGCUGUUUCAAGACUGUGAUAUAUUUUCCUAAUGGUCUGGUUUUAAAAAAUAAAUAAGGUUUAAUUUUCCUCUA